AUGGAAGAGAGUCCUGAGGCCCUUUGGGGAGGGCCAGAGAAGCUGUGCUGGGGGCUACAGGCCCUGGAAUGGGAUUGUGAGCCUGUCACAAAGGGCUGGCGCAGCUCCAGAAUCCGUUGCAGUAGGGGGCUGGGUCAGAAGCUAUCCAGUAGGUCUAUCCAACAAGCAGCAACUAAGAAGUUCUACAAGCUUGCAAGGGACAUCAAGAUUAUGAAGAAAAUCUGUAAAAUCUUAUGGGAAGACCUGCAGGAACAGAAGAGAUUAGAAUGUGACAACGUGACUUCUGUAAAGCUCCCGUUCUUCGGCAGGAAGGAAAGGAUUUUUCUACAAGGAAUAAAAGUAAAUCUCUUCAAAACAAGAAACAUUCUAAACUGUCCUUCAACACCAGCAAGUUCAGAGCUUCAAAGGUCUGGCACCUUUGUUCUUCUGCAGGAUCACUUACCUCUGAGAGUAAUCCAGAUAACCAGGAAGAGACCAGAAUGGAGGACAGAAGAGGAAGUGAAGUUUGUACAAAGCUGCUUGCAAGAGAUAGAAAGCUAUAAAAGUUACAGCUUGAGAUUGCAAUUUCUUCUGGCUAAAGUGAUUCGCUUCGAAUGGUUUGAACGUGGGCGAGUCAUUCUGAAGAAAGGACACUGUGGCAUAAGUUUUUACUUCAUUUACUUUGGUAGUGUUGCUCUUACAGAUGAUGAGGAUGGUAGUAGCACCUUGACAGCUCUGUAUCCUGUGGUGCUUCAGAAGGGGGAAAAGUUUGGGGAAGUUUCUCUAUUGAAAGGAACAAGGCGAAUUGCUACAGUUGUCUGUAUGGAAGACACAAAGCUAUUUGUGGUGGAUAAGGACGACUUCUUUGCUAAUGAAUUAGAUGAAGAGCUUCGUGAAGAAUUAUGCUGUCAAUAUAACUUCAUCAAAGGUGUGAACUUCUUUGCAAAAUGGUCUAAAAGAUCAAUAGUGAGAAUAACUAAUAGCUGCAAAAUGGAAAAAUUUCACUGCGGACAGGUGAUAACAAAAGAUAUCACAAAGUCAGCCAGCGUAAUUCUCAUUAGUAAGGGAACCUGUGAAAUUUUGCGCCUAGUUGAUCUUACUGCUUGCCUGUCCUAUCACAAAUGGGUCCGUCAACAGCUCACGAAUCUUCCCAAGAUUAGCCCUCAUCUCACCAGGAAAACUGGAGCUGUAGGCAGGAAGAGGUUUGAAGACUUUCUGUGGAAAUCCUUUCCAGUGCAGGAUUUAACAAAUCUCAAAGCUCAGAACUUUAAAUGUAAUAUGAGGCAGAGUGGUAAAAACGUGAAUAGACAUCCCACUGCUGCAAGCGCUAAAAGGAUGAAUCAAAAGCUGGAGAAACGACAGACGGGAGGCUGUUUCAGUUGUAGCCAUGAUGACUGUGAUGACACAAAAAUUGGCCAGAGGAAAGUGUCUGGGCUCUUCCACAAGACAGUGACUAUUUUGACACCGUAUGGAGAGAUACCCACUGAUCUUGCCUUGGCAGUUUACAUGAGAGUUGCUGAAGUUCAUGAAGGAGAAAUUGUGGGCAUCAGCCAGCAUUUUUUUCCUGACCAUAUGCAAGAUAGGCGGAGCAUGGUUUUAGUCAGUAAGGAUGCUGAGGUCAUAUGGUUGAGGAAGGACAGCUUUGAGAAGUUAGCUGAUUUAGGAAAAGUUCUUGAAUUACACAAGUGUUAUCCUAGUGAUGAUGAGCUGUGUCAGAAGUUUCUAGAAGAGAACCAAUGGAAAAUAAUAAAGAAAGACCUAACAAGUUCUAUAUUACAAAGAAAAUGUGCACCAAAAAUAACUCCUGUUUUUGAAAAGCCUGGAGAACAUGUUCAUAAUUCAUGGAGUGUGAACCAAGCUGGCAUUCUGGACCUGAGUGCGCUCUAUCAUAAACCUUCUCAGCAGCACACACACAAGUUUGUUCCUCUUUACCUGGAGCAAAGAAGACAGUAUCCAGUUAUACCAAAGACUGAGUUGCGACUGAUUCAUAGUAUUGUUUCACCACAGCUCAGUUUAAAAGGACUGUUCUAGAAAGCAUGAGAAAGCAGUUUAAGAACACUGAU